CGCGCACAACGCAGUAAACGGUGUAGAGGCCAUCAAGACGACGACAUACGUUGGCCCCGCCUCCUCCCUCCGCCGCACCACCCAGUAUUGGCAGCCUCCCACCGUCCGCUCAUCCCUUGCGCGUCACCCACCAGCUUCCGCUCCUUUCCCGACCUCACCUUAUUUGCCCAAGAUGGACGAGAAGAGGAGAGAUGAGAACCUGGAGAUGGGCGAGAAACUGCCCAACGGUCACUUUGAAGCGCAGCCGAAACCCAUCAUCCCAAGCAUGCCGGCCGCAGCGAGCAGUCUCAACAACAACCCCACCAUCAGUAUCCUCGCCUACUGCGGAAGCAGUAUUCUGAUGACCGUCACCAACAAAUAUGUAUUGAGCGGCACGAACUUCAACCUGAAUUUCCUUCUCUUGGCCGUGCAGUCUAUUGUAUGCAUUAUUGCCAUUCAAAGCUGCAAAUCCGCCGGCGUCAUCACUUACCGUGACUUCAACACCGAUGAGGCUCGAAAGUGGUUCCCUAUCUCGCUACUGCUGAUCGGUAUGAUUUGGACCUCCACAAAGGCACUGCAAUUCCUCAGCAUUCCCGUGUACACCAUCUUCAAGAAUCUGACCAUCAUUCUCAUCGCUUACGGCGAGGUGUUAUGGUUUGGUGGCAGUGUUACUCCGAUGGCUCUGCUCUCUUUCGGUCUCAUGGUGCUCAGCUCUGUCAUUGCCGCAUGGGCAGACAUUCAGCACGCUUUGACCGCGUACAGUGGAGAUGCGGUGACUGGCGAGGCGGCUGCUAAGCUCAGCACGCUCAACGCGGGCUAUAUCUGGAUGAUGCUCAACUGCUUCUGCUCCGCCGCUUAUGUUCUUGGCAUGAGGAAACGGAUAAAGCUUACCAACUUCAAGGACUUUGACACGAUGUACUACAACAACCUCCUCUCCAUCCCCAUCCUGGUCCUCUGCUCGCUCUUCCUCGAGAACUGGAGCAGCGCCAACCUCAACCUCAACUUCCCGCCUGAAACCCGCAACUGGAUGAUCGCCACCAUGAUCAUCUCCGGUCUGUCCUCCGUCUUCAUCUCGUACACUUCCGCCUGGUGUGUUCGCAUCACAUCAUCUACCACCUACAGUAUGGUCGGCGCCCUCAACAAGCUCCCCAUUGCACUCUCUGGCCUUAUCUUCUUCGACGCACCAUUCACGCUGGCAUCUGUCAGCGCCAUCAUGGUCGGCUUCGUCAGUGGCCUCGUGUACGCGGUGGCGAAGAUGAGGCAGCCGAAGCCGGGCGCCGCCACGGGUACGCAGGAUGCAGGCAAGGGCGGUGUCCUGCCGACGACGAGCGCGAGUGUGCAGAGCAUGCGGGAUUCGUUGAAGUCGUAAAGCGGCCACUACGUACUGCCAUCGGAUCCUGCAUUCAGACGGCAGCGCGGCGGAUUAUGUCCGUGGUCUGUAAUAGAGGUUUAGGCGCAUCCAGCUGAUUGUGCGACGAUUGUGGAAGACUGAUCGGGCGAGUCCGGCUGGUUUGCGACGUAGUGGGCUCGAUCAUGAACGGCCUGGGCGACUCAAGCUACUAGAGUCAGUGCAGACACUGCGGUCUUGACUGAAACGGCGUUAGGACAUGGUUUAUACAAUAUCUGCAUAAGGGUAAAGGC